CAUGUGAUGUUCUUAAAGAUAAAGAUCUGAGAAACCAACUUCAAAAAAAAAGGUCUUCACAUCUCGCACACAGAGAGCAACAUACCUUUACAUCAUCUUUUAUUGAUUAUUCCCAGAAAUGGGAGUUGGAAGCACCACUCUGGAUUAUUACAGCAGCUACAACAAGAAGAUGAAGAAGAAGCCAUUUCAGACCGUGGAACUCAAGGUCAGAAUGGACUGUGACGGCUGUGAACUUAAGGUCAAGAAAGCCCUCUCUUCAUUAAGUGGGGUGAAAUCGGUGGAGAUAAACAGGAAGUUGCAGAAAGUGACAGUGACAGGGUAUGUAGAAGCAAGCAAGGUGUUGAAGAAGGCGAAAUCGACAGGGAAGAGAGCAGAGAUAUGGCCUUAUGUGCCUUAUAACUUAGUGGCUCAUCCUUAUGCGGCUACGGCUUAUGAUAAGAGGGCUCCUCCUGGUUUUGUCAGAAACGUUGAGGCCUCUUCUUCUUCUUCUUCCUCCUCCGUUGGAGCCCUUGUAACAAGAUAUGAAGACCCUUACAUCACCUUCUUCAGUGAUGACAACCCUAAUGCUUGCUCUCUUAUGUAAAUUUUCAAUCCUCAAGCUUUUUCUUCCUUUUUUUUUUUGGGUGUGGUUUUGUUGGGGAGAUUUAAUUUUAAAUAAUGUAAUCUUGGUUUGGCUUUUAAUUCUCCCUCCAACGGUCUUCUUCUGUACCUGUGGUUUUGCAGCAAAUAGUUUCUGGUUUUAAGAAAUGAUAUGAAAAUUAGACCUUGCACAA